AUGUCUCGGCUCGGGUUCCUGCUUGGCCUCGGGGUGCUGGCCGGUCUCUGCGUGGGACGGUCCUGCGCGUGGUUCUGGUUUGACUACGCGAAGGAUAAAAGCCCGGCCACACAGACACCCGGGCUCACGACCACGCCGGGCACCACCGUGCCCACGGAAGCACCCGGAGUGGAGAACCUGGAGACAGGAAGCACUGAGGCUUCAGACACGGAUAGAGAGGUGCAGGAUAAAGCGGAGGAGACGGAGAACGGAGGGGAAUCUGGACCUGAGGAGAAGGUGGUUACCCUGCAGCAGCUGAUUGGCGACCCUCUUCCCGAUGGCAUCACCCGGGUGGAGGAACCAGAACCCGGCUACGUGUUCGACCAAAACUCUAAGAUCGGCCAGCUCGCCCGGGCGUACCUUCCCAGCUCCUUCUACCGUGACUUCUCUCUCCUCUUCAACCUGAAACCCACGUCCACCAAAGCGGGCGUGGUCCUGUCCGUCACCGACGCCAGCCAGAAGAUCAUGUACGUGGGCGUGAAGCUGUCGGCCGUGCAGGACGGGAAGCAGAACAUCGUCCUGUUCUACACCGAGCCCGACUCUCAGUCCUCCUACGAGGCGGCCAGUUUCAGCGUGCCCUCCUUCGUGGACUACUGGACCCGCUUCUCCAUCGGCGUGAUGGAGGAGCAGGUGACGCUCUACAUGAACUGUGACGCCGAGCCUCGGGUGCUGCGGUUCGAGCGCUCUCCGGACGAGAUGGAGCUGGAAUCCGGAGCCGGGAUCUUUGUGGGGCAAGCAGGAGGAGCCGAUGAGGAUCAGUUUGUGGGAGUUAUCGGGGACCUGCAGAUCAUCGGAGACCCUCGUGCAGCCGGACGCUACUGUGAUGAAGAGGACGACUCGGAUAUGGCCUCGGGAGAUUUCGGCAGCGGUGAUUAUGGAAGCAGAUACACCACGCUCACGGUCACACAGCAGCCGUCCAGACCGAUUCAGCUUCCGCCCGUCACGUCUCACGUGGUCACAGUGAGCAAAGAGACACACACAGGAGCGGUCAGCGGUUUUGGACGAGUUUCUGGUCCGAGUCUGGCUGAGUCUGUGUUAAUUUCCGGCUCAUCGUCCGGUUCCAAAGAUAGCAGGAGAACCUCGAGUUCUGAAAUCAGACGAACAUCGAGCUCGACUCAGUCAGCAGGAACAAGAGGCGAGAAAGGAGAAAAGGGAGCAAAAGGUGUUCGGGGCCCUGAGGGGCCAAAGGGAGACACAGGAUCAAGUACUGGUGGAUCCGGUGGAGGUGCUAGCGGAGAGAAAGGAAGCCCAGGAGAGAAAGGAAUGAAGGGUGCUGCAGGAUUCGGAUAUCCUGGAUCAAAGGGUGACCAAGGACCAGCAGGGCCUCAGGGGCCUCCCGGUCCCCCCGGACCCUCUGCUGAUGUCGUGGAGAGGGGAGACGGUUCUGUGGUUCAGAGGGUGGCAGGACCACCCGGACCUCCGGGACCACUGGGGCCACCGGGACGUGCUGGGACCGACGGAGAACCUGGCGACCCGGGUGAAGACGGGAUCGUUGGUCCGCCAGGUUUCCCAGGAACCCCAGGAGACGCUGGAGUGAAGGGACAAAAGGGUGAUAAAGGUGAAGGUCAGCCAGGACCCAGAGGACCACCCGGGCUCCCCGGACCACCAGCUCGCUCUGACAGACCUACGUUUGUGGACAUGGAGGGCUCAGGCUUUGGUGAUCUGGAGGCUCUGCGCGGACUUCCGGGUUUUCCUGGUGUUCCUGGCCCUCCUGGCCCCCCUGGACCUGUGGGACCUCCAGGUGCCACUGGUGCUUCAUCCACUGCUGUUUCUGGUGGACCUGGACCUGCUGGUCCUGCUGGAAAGGACGGAGCUCCUGGACAACCGGGGCUUCCAGGCUCCCCGGGUGCUGACGGCAAACCAAGCCUCCCGGGCUCCAGAGGAGAGAAGGGGGACCCCGGCGAGCUCGGACUGCCCGGAGCGGUGGGAGAAAAGGGGUCACAGGGGCCUCCUGGAUCUGCAGGAGGGACUGGACAGCCCGGUCUUGCUGGUCUCCCCGGACCGAUGGGACCUGUGGGACCACCAGGACCUCCCGGACCUCCAGGAUCGAGCUACCAUGUCGGCUUUGAUGAUAUGGAAUCCUCUGGUAUUAGUGUUUUCAGUAAUGUGCCUGGAGUCAGAGGACCUGAAGGUGUACAGGGUCCACCAGGUCUGCCGGGGAUGCCGGGGCCGAAAGGAGAGCGGGGCACUGAGGGGCCCCCGGGAGGUGACGGUCGCCCCGGACUGGAUGGUUUUCCUGGAGUUCAGGGGCCACAGGGGCUGCUGGGAGAGAAAGGAGACCGAGGGGAGCCAGGACGGGACGGUAUCGGCCAACCGGGUCUGCCAGGCCCACCCGGACCCCCUGGGCAGAUUAUCCAUCGUCAUUCAGAAAAUAUUGAUAAAGUGUUUGGGCAUUCUGAGGGCCCGAUGGGACCGAAGGGUGAUAAAGGGGAAGCGGGCGCGACAGGCUACGGCGUUAAGGGUGAGAAAGGUGAACCCGGGGUGGUUAUCGGACCUGACGGAAGCCCGUUCUUCCUCGGUGGAGCUGCAGGUCCAAGAGGUGAGCGGGGACUUCCUGGACCAGUUGGACCUUCUGGGUCGUACGGUCCUCCCGGGAUGAAGGGUGAGAUCGGAAUGCCAGGCAGACCCGGUCGCCCGGGUGUGAACGGGUACAAAGGAGACAAAGGAGAGCUGGGCUCGGGCAUCGGAGGAGCUUAUCCUGGUCCACCAGGGCCCCCAGGGCCCCCCGGUCCCCCCGGACCCUCAGGAUCUCACCCGGCUCGGGAUAGAUUUGGUACGUAUGAGGACACGGGAACAGUUUAUCAGGGAACUAAAGGGGAGAAGGGAGAGCGAGGAGUGUCGGGUAUACCAGGAACGACAGGUAACGUGGACUUGUACACGUUGAAGAACCAGCUGAAGGGCGAGCGAGGAGAAUCUGGUCUGAGGGGAGAGAAGGGUGAGCCGGGCGGGUUCUUCCCCUCUAAUUUCGGAGGGGUGCAGGGACCACAGGGACCGCCUGGACCUCCGGGUCCUCAAGGAGAGUCGAUCAGAGGGCCCUCCGGUCCGCAGGGGCCCCCGGGAUCUCCGGGCGUGGGUUACGAAGGCCGCCCAGGAAACCCCGGACCAGCCGGACCCCCCGGACCACCUGGUUCACCCUCCUUACCCGGACCUUACAGACCCAACAUUCCUGGACCUCCCGGCCCGCCUGGACCCCCCGGACCCGGAGUCCUGAUUGUGAGAUCGUACGAUGAAGUGCUCGUAAAAGCACCCCGAGAGGAAGAGGGCACUCUCAUCUACAUCCUGGACAAAAGCGACCUCUAUAUCCGAGCGCGGGGCGGAAUCAGACAAGUCACGCUCGGGAGCUACGUUCCCUUCUACAGAGAAGCCUCGCAGGAUAAUGAAGUGCACAUCCCGCUGAACAACGGCGCCGGGCACAUCUCCCACAGCGGCGAGCGCACCAACAAUCCCUCCAACCCCCAAUACGACACGCACUCUCCCCCGCUCCCGGAUCCCAGGUACCCGCCCCAACCCGAGCCCAGGUACCCACCCAACACCGAUGGCCUUUCACCGGUGGUUUCGCCCCCCGUGCGCAAGCUGAACCCGCCCGUCGUCGUUCCCGGACAUCAUCCUGAGGGGCACGUACACACGUCCGGACCCGGGCUGCACCUGAUCGCCCUGAACAGCCCUCAGGUGGGGAACAUGCGGGGCAUCAGGGGCCCGGACUUCCUGUGCUUCCAGCAGGCGCGUGCGGCGGGUCUGAAGGGAACCUACCGCGCCUUCCUGUCCUCCAAACUCCAGGAUCUGUUCAGCAUCGUACGCAAGUCCGACAGGAGGACGCUGCCCAUCGUCAACCUCAAGGACCAAGUGCUGUUCAGCAGCUGGGAAUCUCUGUUCAGUGAGUCGGAGGGCAGGAUGAGGAACAACGCGCCCAUCUACUCGUUUGAUGGCAGAGAUAUCGUCCGGGACAGCGCCUGGCCGGAGAAGAUGGUGUGGCACGGCUCCAACAAGAACGGUCACCGUCAGAUGGACAACUACUGCGAGGCGUGGAGGACGGCGGACCGGGCGGUGACGGGUCUGGCGUCGUCUCUGCAGGCCGGUCAGCUCCUCCAGCAGAAACCCAGCAGCUGCUCCAGCAACUACAUCGUGCUGUGUAUCGAGAACAGCUACAUCACCCAGUCCAAAAAAUAACCCCCCGACCCCGCCCGCCCCAUCUCCAUCACCCGUCCGAAAUCAUCCCGGUGCUACACUACACGACUCAAACGUCCAGACGGACGAGUUUCCUAUGUUUUACACUCCCAACACUUUCUAAAGUAAGCGUGAGGAACUGGGGUCUGUUCUACGCUUCCCUCGGUAAUGCCAACGAGCUGCAGACGCUGUUGGCACCGUCUCCUGGAACUGGCACAUAUUUUAUUUUCACAAGGGGGUUUUAACCACAGAUGACAGACCAGUGUAGAAAGAAUGUGGUUUAUCAUCGUAUUCAUAUAAAAUUGUAUAAAUGUUUGUCGUUUCUGUCGGUUUUUUUGUUUCUUCGCUGUUUAACCACUUUAGUUUUAUUAUUUGUGGAUUUUUUUAGCUUCUGAUUUCAUUUUAAGGAAAGUUUAAUAGAUACUACAGGGAGAUUCACUGUAGUGAACACCAGAUUUCUUCCUAAAUUCACUCUGACAGCAGAAUAUUCGGGCCCUGUUUCGAGUGAAUCUCCCUGUACAAAAAAAUAAAUAAUAGAUAUUUAUUUUGUGCUGCGAUUUACACUGAUCAGGCA